AUGACUUUAAUGGGAAUGGAAACUGCCUCAUCAUCUUUUCCAAGUUCUUCUACUUCAUCUUCUACUGAGCAAUGGAAGUAUGAUGUUUUCCUCAGCCUUAGAGGCGAGGACACUCGAAACAAUUUUAUGGAUCAUCUAUUUACUACUUUGACAGAGAAAGGCAUUAACACUUUUAAAGAUGAUGAAAAACUUGAGAAAGGAAAAUCUCUCUCGCUAGAGCUAUUGAAAGCAAUAGAAGAAUCAAGAUUUGCUAUUGUCAUUCUCUCAAAAGACUACACAUCUUCUACUUGGUGCUUAGAUGAACUUGCAAAUAUCAUUGCGUGCAAGAAAGAUAUUGAAAUGGCAGUUUUACCUUUUUUUCACCAUGUUGAUCCAUCUGAUAAAAUUAUUGAUGAAGUUUUGAAGGAAAAGAAUUUGAAAAUAGAAGAGGAGUAUGAUGGAGUUCUCAAGAUCAAGAAUAGGUUAUGUCGUAAAAGGAUUCUUCUUGUUCUUGAUGACGUUGAUAAAAUAAAACAGUUAAAAAUGUUAGCUAGGGAGCAUGAUUGGUUUGGUUCUGGUAGUAAAAUUAUCAUAACAACAAGAGAUGCGCAUUUCUUAGAGGCACAUCAAGUAGAUAAAAUAUAUGAAGUUAAAGGAUUGAAUGAUGAAAAUGCCCUUCAACUUUUUUCCUCGAAAGCUUUUAAAAAAAAGCAUGUCCUUGAUGAUUAUAGAGAGUUGUCUAACCAUUUUUUGUUUUAUGCCGCUAGCCUUCCUCUAGCUCUUGAGGUUUUGGGUUCCUCUUUGUUUGGAAAAAGUAUUGUUGAAUGGAAAAUUGUGUUAGAGAGACUCCAAGAAAUUCCAGACGAAACAAUUCUCCAAGUACUUGAAAUAAGUUUUAAUGGACUCCAAAAACCACAGAAGGAAAUAUUCUUGCAUAUUGCAUGCUUUUUUAAUAAUCAAAAGAAAGAUUAUGUAUUUGAAAUACUAGAUAUUCUUGGCCUUUACCCUGUUAUUGGAUUGAAGGAACUCGCUGAUAAGUCUCUCUUGAAAAUUAUGGAUAAUGAUAUACUGUGGAUGCAUGACUUGCUUGAAGAAAUGGGUAGGAACAUAGUUUGUCAAGAGUGCCUUGAUGAUCCUAGGAAGCAUAGUAGAAUGUGGGAUUAUGAGGACAUUGACAAAGGGACAGGAACACUUAAAGCCAUGGAUAUUGUAAGUACUUAUAAUGAACAACAAGAUGCAUGUUGGAACUGUGAGGCCUUUUUGAAGAUGGACAAUCUUAAAUUUCUUAGAAUUUGUGGUAUUCUUCAUGUCCCCACACAGCUCCCUAAUGAUUUAAAAAUUCUUGAUUGGAUUUUGUAUCCAUCAAAAUCUUUGCAAUCGAGUUUCCAGCUAGAUGAGCUUGUUCAACUUUGUUUGCAACAAACCAAAAUUGAACAACUUUGGAUUGGAAUAAAGAAUUUUGACAAGUUGAAAUUCAUUGACUUGAUCGAUUCCUCGGAACUAAUUGUAACUCCAAACUUCACUGGAGUCCCAAAUCUUGAGAAAUUAGUUCUUGUAAGGUGUACAAAUUUAUGCAAAUUUCACCCAUCCAUAAGAAUUCUUAAAAAACUUAUUCAUCUUAAUUUAGAAGAUUGCAAAAGACUAAUUCGUAUUCCAAGAAAGUUUGGAAUGGAGUCUCCUGUGACUCUUGAACUUUCUAAUUGCUCAAAAUGCAAGGAAAAUCCAAAAUUUGUUGUAAACAAGGAAUUCUUACGGGAGAUUCUUUUGGAUCGCACUGCUGUUGUGGAACUAAUUAAAAACUUGCCAGAGAACCUAUGGAUAGGCAAAGGCCUAGAGGUGCUUGAUUUGAGCAAAGCAGAUAUAGAAGAGCUGCCUUCAUCAAUUGAACGUUUGACUAACCUUACUUCAUUGACGCUAAGAUAUUGCAUGAAUCUUGUGCGCUUUCCUAACACCAUUUGUGGUUUGAAGUUGCUUAAUUCUAUUGAUCUUUUUGGAUGCUUAAAAUUUGGUAACUUGCCAAAGAACAUAGGAAAUGUAAAAGGUUUGGAGCUGCUAAAUUUGUGUUGGACAGCCAUAACAGAGGUACAAGUGCCUUAUAGGUGUGAUGAGUUGAUGGGAAUUGAGUUCUGCGUUGGUUUUUCAGUCCCAAAGGUUUCUAAUACCUCUAAAGAUUUUCUUCUUACAUGUUGGAUUAAAGUCAAAGGAUUUGAAAGCGCAUUACCAAUACACUCUUCUUUUAGGACAAACUAUGACAAAAUUAGAUCACCUCACCUUUGGCAACUCUAUUUGUCUCCUCGCUAUUUUGACUCCCAAUGGGGAGAAAAUUUUCGUCAAAUUGAUGGGAAUGGAUCCAAUAAAAUUGAGAAUAGAAUAAGUGCUUCACAUAACUUGUGGGUGAGGAAAGUUGGGAUUCAUUAUGAUAUUAAUAAUGAUUCAGCCUCCAAAGGUACCCAAAAUAAGCGAAGCCAUGAUGAGGAUGAUGGGGCUGGGCCUUGUGGAGAAGGCUAUUCAAAUGACGAACCACCUCCAAAGACAUGGAGGAUAUAA